AUGGAGGUUGGGAGGGGGGGGGUGGGGCGACCGUCGAGGGCGCGGGUGGGUGUGUUGGCGACGCUCGCGACGGGGGCGUUCGCGUGGGCGUUUCUGCGCGCGUCGGGGACGCGGGACGGGGGCGGGGAGGGUUCGGAGCUCGCGCACGGGGCGUGGACGAUGUUUCGUGUGGUGUCGCGAUCGGCCGUGCUCGGGAUCUGUCUCUUGGGCGUGCUCUCGGGGUUCGGCGCGGUGCACUUUCCGUACGCGACGGUGCGGAUAUUUCAGCGCGCCGUCCCGGACGCGGAGGUGUCGAGACUCGAGCGUAAGGUUGUGCAGAGCUUAGAGUCGGUGAUCGAACGUAAGAAGCGAGCGGCGACGCUCAGACGAGAGAUGGAGCGAGAGGCGAACGCGGAGCGGUCGUCGAACGGUGGGAGUCUGUUCAACAGACUCGCGAACGGUUUCGCCCUUCCGGGCUUUCGCGAGGCGCGCGCGAAGCAAAUCGUCGCACUCAACGCAGAGAUCAGAGCGUUGGAGAUGGUGAACGACGCGCUAUUCUUUGAUCUUCACGAGGUUAACAUGCAAAGAGAGAGAGCGAAGAUGUUGAGGACGCCGUACGGGCGGUUUCUGGAAAUGUGCGGCGUCGCCAUGGCGGUGGUGUGCGGUUGGCGCUUCGUCACCGGUUUGAAGCGUUUGAUCUUCAAACAGACCCCUAAGAGUGAUCCCAUCUCCUUCGCUCUUCACUUAUUUCUCGCGAACAAGUCGGUGCACGUCGAUCCGGCGGUGCUGGCGCAGUACCUCAGCCUACUCUUGAUCGCGUUUCUCGUCAUCAACUCCAUGCAAACCUUCAUCCUGCAGCUCGUGAGGCUGUUUUUUGCCGUCGGUACCGGAGUGACCACGGAUGCGUUGGUACUGAUGACGACGGAGAUGGUCGGUCUCUACUUUCUCUCCACGGUUCUUCUCGUCAGAGAGCAGCUUCCCGAGGAGUACCGCGCCAUCAUCACCGAGGCCUUGGGCGCGGAUCUGGAGUUUCGAUUCUACGCCAAGUUCUACGAGUUGAUCUUCAUGGCCUCCGCCGCUCUCACCGUGAUCUCGCUGUACGCCAAGCACGUCACCGCGGCGUCGACGGACGACGUCGGCGGCCGCUCCGCCUCCGUCUCCGCCUUUGCCCACGGACGCCAAUCCGAGCUCAAACUCUCGUGA